AUGUGGAAGUCUGUCGAAAAAACCUUUUGGAUAGAAAAUUUCACCAAGAACGCAAUGGUGUUUGCUAUUGGGUUCAUUCCUGGCCCAGGUCCUUUUAUGACUAUCGCAUUCUCCCUAACUUGGACCGCGUUCAAAGAUGAGGAGGCGUUCUGGAAUGAACUUAGCCUCUGGGUCCCCACGCUCGCCCAAGGGAAGGAUCUGAAUGUUGAGAAGCUUAACUCUAAGCCCCAACCCGUGGUUAAGGUAACCCUGGAUGAGGCUAAGAAGGUUCUGAAGGAAACCGAGGUAGGGGAACCUCCGGAAGGCAAGAAGGCUGAUAACCCGGACGGAGGAUUAGUUCUAGGAGUUGCCGCAGCAGAAGAAAAAUAA